AUGACUACAGUAUUUGCCUGUAAAGGGUUUCAAAAGCAUCCUGUAAAACUAACGCCUUCUGCGCCGCUACAAGAGGUUGUUCUUGCUUCAUACCAAAAACUAGGAUUUUCAGACUGGAGUCGUUUGGAAUUAUUGCAUAAUGAUAAAAAGCUAGAUCUUUCGACGUUAAUGCGGCAUUCUGGCCUUUCGCAAGGGUCCAAAUUAACACUGAAGGAGUCACGACAACCAUCCAACGCGUCACCUGGAUCAUCUUCAGCAUCUGGUGGACAACUCAAAGUUGCUCUUCAAAUGCCUGGAUUUCCGAGGGUUGUGGAUCAGAUUUCGUCACAAAAUAUCUUGCUCCAUUUGUUGGAUAAGCAUUCUUUCCUUUCCAAUGUUGACCAUGUUUUAAUCAAUGGACGAGCAUAUCGUGAAACCGAGUUUCAGCAACCGCUUUCAUUCUUUGGUUUGAAUGAAGGUAGUGUUCUCAUUCGUCUAAUUCCUAAAUCAAGCGAACCAGCUAUAGAAACUACAAAACCUAACAGAGUGAUUGCAUCUCCUAAUUCUAACGUAGACAGCAAUUCUUCAGACUCACCUCCUGAAAAAGCACCUUAUAUGCAAGGUUUAUAUCAUGUUAAAGAAUCUGUGGAUAUAGCACCUUCUACCAGGGAAAUUACACCAGAGGCAAAAACCCCCAAAGUUGAGCCGACUAGUAUCGGCUCAUCACCAAAAGAGGAACCGUCAACUUUGGAAAAAAAAGAAGCUAUACUCGAAACUUUGAAGGAGCCAAGCCCAUCUGCCGCCGAUAUUGAAGCUCCAAGUCUGCAGGAUUCGUCACGAGCAAGUGAUAAUUCAAACUCAAAAGGAUUUAAUAGCAAAAAUAUUUUAGGAUCAAUGAUGAGCAAAGUCAAAAAAGAAAAGAAAAGUGAAAGAGAGCAGGAUGAAUACGAUCUAGAGCCUUCCAAAAGCCAGCUGGAGCUUUACCAAAAUAUUCUUCGAAAAAGAGCGAGUCAACCUUCUCGGACGAUUAGCUCAAAUGCUCCAAAGACUUACCCAUCCACGGCGACCGUUAAAUUUGAUUUUGGUGAUGGUAAGCCCCUAUACCAUGAAUUCUCUAAAGAAGAUAAAAUUCAUGACCUUCAUAGCUUUGUCGCAUCUCACUUGCCGAAUGAAUUCCCUAGUUCAUUUUCGCUCACGUUCAGCAAUCAUGAUCCUCUGCCUACUUCCGGACACGUCGUCGAAUAUAUUGGACGUGCAGUCGUCCGUGUUCAUCCAUUUUAA